UGCCCCAGGGGUGGGUAGAGGUUACUAUGGGGCAAAGGGUAAGAGAAGGCAAGAGGUUGAGAGGGGCACUCGCUCCACAGUCCAUUCCAGGAUGCAUGUCUGUGAAGAUAAUGGGGAUGGGAGGCUUGGAAGAGGUCACCUGAGGGAGAGGUUUAAUUUGGGAAGGGGGGGGGGUCUGGAAAAGGGGAUCGUAUGUGUCUGUGUGUGUGCGUGUGAAAAGCCACCACUAACAAGAGCGCAGAACUUGGGAGGGUUGGCUGCCCUGUCUCCUCUGCCCCAAGCUCACCUCUCUGUCUAUGUCUGUCUGUCUUCCCCCUCCCCCAACUCUUCAGGCCACCAUGCUGACCCGCCUGUUCAGCGAGCCCGGCCUCCUCCCCGACGUCCCCAAGUUUGCCAGCUGGGGAGACGACGGCGACGACGACGAGCCCAGGAGUGAAAAGGGUGACGCGCCGCCCCAGCCGCCGCCUCCGCCGCCUGGGCCUGGGGCUGGAGCUCCGGGGCCCGUCCGCCCCCCAAAACCGGGCCCUCUUCGUGGCGAAGACCCCCCGGACCCCGCGCUGGGUGAGGCCAAAGACGACGGCGAGUUGGGGGGCGAGGAGGAGGAGGAAGAAGAGGAGGAGGAAGGGCUAGACGAGGCGGAAGGCGAGCGGCCCAAGAAGCGGGGGCCCAAGAAGCGGAAGAUGACCAAGGCGCGGCUGGAGCGCUCCAAGCUGCGCCGGCAGAAGGCCAACGCGCGCGAACGCAACCGCAUGCACGACCUCAACGCGGCGUUGGACAACCUGCGUAAGGUCGUGCCGUGCUACUCCAAGACGCAGAAGCUGUCCAAGAUCGAGACGCUGCGCCUGGCCAAGAACUACAUCUGGGCGCUCUCGGAAAUUCUGCGCUCGGGCAAGCGGCCGGACCUGGUGUCCUAUGUGCAGACAUUGUGCAAGGGCCUGUCGCAGCCCACCACCAACCUGGUGGCCGGCUGCCUCCAGCUCAACUCGCGCAACUUCCUCACCGAGCAAGGCGGCGAGGGGGCCGGACGUUACCACGGCUCGGGAGGCCCGUUCGCUAUGCACCCCUACCCGUAUCCCUGCUCGCGGCUGGCGGGCGCGCAGUGUCAAGCCGGUGGCGGGCUGGGCGGCGGAGCCACGCAUGCCCUGCGGACUCACGGCUACUGUGCGGCCUACGAGACGCUGUACGGGGGCGGCGGCGGGGGCGCCUCCCCCGACUACAACAGCUCGGAGUACGAGGGGCCGCUGAGUCCUCCGCUCUGCCUCAACGGUAACUUCUCCCUCAAGCAGGACUCGUCUCCGGACCACGAGAAAACCUACCACUACUCUAUGCACUAUUCCGCCCUGCCCGGCUCCAGGCCAGCUGGCCACGGCCUGGUCUUCGGCUCCUCGGCCGUGCGCGGGAGCGUCCACUCGGAGAAUCUUUUGUCUUACGAUAUGCACCUUCACCACGACCGAGGCCCAAUGCGACGGAGGCCGAACGCAGAGUCCGGAGCGGAGAGAAAACACAGUAAGAACUUUUAGAAGCAAUAAAAGGCAAAAAAAAUAAAAUAAAAUAAAAUAAAAAAAUAAAAAGACACAAAUAUCUAUGCAAGGAGGUUCUGACUGAGCCAAGCGGCCCCGCCCCCUGGCCCCCCGGGAUCCCCCCCACCCCUCCUCGGCUCUAGGGCCGGGGCCGGAGCUGCAGAAGCGGAUAUGUGCACUUUGGUGAAGUUGGGGACGUGGCGCCUCCCCUCUCUCCCUAGUCCCCUCUCACCCCUUCUCAAUCCUCCCUUCCCUCGGUUCUUACAAUCAGUGACUCCGAGAUUUGGGACAUCAGUGUCACUUUCCUCACCCUCCCCUUUCCCCUCCUCACCCGUCCCCAUUGUGCGUCAUACUGUUUUUUAAACCUGUUUCCAAAUUUGUAUGAAAUGGCGAACUGUUGGGGGAGGGUCGGUUUGGGGAGGGGGGGGUUGCAUGAUAAAGACACACACUGACACAGCACGCACGCACACACGCACACAGUGACACAGCGACAUGCACAAUGACACAGAGGAACACACACAUAGCCACACGGUAAAUAUGCAAUGCUACUUGGGAAAGAAGGGAGCUAGCUAUAGCCUUUCUCGGGUCUGGGGAAUCGAAAGAGGAAAGGAAACAUUGCAGGCCAGAGGCAUCCCUUUAGCCCGGGUCUCCCUUCAGACCUCCCUCCCUUCCACUUUCCAAGCCGGGUCAAUCAGUUCCCUAGGGCUUUGUUGCUGUGGUCUUCCCCUGUUGACGCCUGGGAAUAGACAGGAGGAUGCUUGGGCAGAUAUAAUUCCUGGGGACGAAACUUUUCCGAGGGGUCCUUCUGGUCCUCAUCUGCCCUCUUCAGCACCCAAGGCCCGGAGGGGGCAAGGAUCUCCGCUUUGUUCUUGUCACAAAAUAGACAGAAGUUAAGGAGAAACAGGUACUCGAAGAACAAGUCCGCAACCAAACAGGCGAAUAGACACAUGUUGACACAAAGCAAAAAUGCAAACACACACGCAGACACACUCAAUCUCUCUCUUACACUCAAACACACGCAAUUUCACCUUCACAUCUUAUCGAAGCUGAAACUCCCGUUGGACACCCGAAGUGCAUUGCGUGUUUCUGUUCAGUUUAAUGACGAUUAAUAAAUAUUUAUGUAAAUGA